UUGGACAGGAUUCAUGUCCAGUUGUGAGAUCAUCUUGCAAUGAAAUCAUUCAAAACAAAGAGUCGCGUGGUGAUGGUGAAUACACCAUCAAACCCGCUGGUUUGGGAGAGCUACGCGUAUAUUGUGAUAUGACAACAGAAGGAGGUGGAUGGACAUUGCUCAAAAAGGCAACAGCACCUAUCCCAGCAAAAGGGUCCACAACACUCCUCUCAGACGCAAGUGCAAUUCUGAAGAGCUAUAACGAUCCUCAUACGCUUAUUAUUACAAAUGGACUUAAAAGUGUAAAGGACGCGCUGGCAUUUAAACAAAUGAGAUAUUUUUGUAAGAAACAAGCUAGCAAGAAAGUUCACGUUAUGACGAACGAUGAUGCUAAUGGCUAUGAUGUUAUCAGGUAUUUCAGUGAAACACCCACUCCCGCCCAAGCAUGUGGUUCCUUUACUAAACUGAGCGAUGAUACGUCAGACCUGAGUAACAAUUGCCAUCAAUGGGGCUACAAAGUUGGUGAGAACCAAUGGGGAAACAGUGCAUACARUGGUCUGCAAAGAGUGCAACGAAAGGUUAUGUUCUGGAACAAAUACCCAAUGCAUGUCUUUAGUAUGAUACCUGGGGAAUAUCUAUGCGAUGACGAAAAUGGUGCGUUGACUGACGGUGAUGAGUGGGCUCUUUUCGUUCGAUGAAAUCUCUUUUUAUAACCCCUUAGUCCUCCCAUUUCCCUCCAAGACGAAACACCGUUGGAUGAGUUCUCCUUUUUUUACAGUUUUCUCUCUAAAAGGGACAUGGUCCACUAGCAUCCCUUUCGAGCUUUAGCUCAUGCUCGAAAAUAAACUAAUACAUCGUAAUAUAAGCAAAAACGUACUCUUUAUUGCCACUAUAUGAAUGGAAAUACUGUAAGAUAUGACCUUUAAACCGAUGGAUGGAAACGGAUUGCGAAUGGAUAUUCGAAGUCACCUCAUUUUCCAUAUAUGAAAAAUCUAAAACACGACCGCAUUGAAUGCUGGUGGACCAUGUCCCUUUAAAAAACGCUGUAGAGUUUAUAUUUGCGGAAUUGUAAAAGUUUUAAUUAUAAUUUGUCCUUCGUCAGUGCCGUUUCACGAGCUUUGAUGAACAUAUCAUUUAAUUUUUUAACCCAUACACAUACCGUACAAUAAGUCAUACAAAAACAUUUAUACAAUAUAUAUAAUCACUGUGUAAAUAGUAUUAAAGUUAGUAGGUAGAUUUUCAUAGCUAAAUCCAUAACUAAAACAAAAUAUGCCAGUCUGAAAGCAAAUAAAAAAUCCAAUUUGUACACUUUUUGUAAUUUCCUCAGUGCAAUCAAGUUCCUUGAAGGAACUGCAYAUAGAUAUGUAAAUAGGUAGUUGGCAUUCAAUAAAGUCACAAGGUAUAUUCAUUUAUACAAAAAGAGUAGUUGGAAUAGGUGGGCGCCAAUGUUUACGUUCAAGCUAAUUUGCAUAAAAUUCAGAAAUCGAAUUUCAAGACACAAGAAAAUCAAGCCCAUAAAUGAAAAGAACUCAUACCUGUUAACAAUUCCUGCAAAUUUGAAGGCAAUUGGUUAAAUAUUUCAAGAGAUAUCAAGCGCCAAAUUGGCAAGAUUUUAUCGAAGAAAUGACCGUGGUUGGCAUUAAUUAUUUUGCCAACCACUGAAUGUUUUCUAUAGAUUUUCUAGUUUUGAAAUGCCGAUAUCUCGAAAUGUAAAAAGGCGUUUGCCCUAAAAUUUUCGGAUUUUGUUGAGAGUAAUAUAAUCUUGAACUAUAUGAGUUCAGAUUGCUUAUUUUUUGAAUUUUAUAUUUUGGGUGUAAACAAACUACGUCAUCGUACGCCCACCUAUAACUUUUUCUCUGCAUCACAGACCAUAUCCAGCUUGCCAGCAUCAUCUAGUUGCUUGAUUAUAUUUUCACUUGCUUUUAACAAUACCACGAUGCACUUCGCCACGAUAAACAUGACGUAGCUCGUGGAAAACACUCUUUGAGGGCCCACGUACAUCCAAGAACAUUUGAACAUUUUGACAUUUAAUGAUCAC